AUGUAUGCUAGUCUCUACGCCUGGUGCUCGGAGACGAGUCUCAAGGCCGCCGUUCCGUACUGGGAGAGCCUCUACGAGCAAAAUAUCCUCACACUGAUGGGCCUGGCUUCAAUCAAAGAACGGAUCACCGAUGAGUAUAUUGCCACUCUGGAUACUAUAGAUCCGGAGAGCAAUAGUCACUCAUGCCUACGCUAUCGCCAAGGAUAA